AUGCUGACAGCGUCGGAGAGAACUCAGAUGGCCAAGCUGCUUCGACGACUCAGCUAUCGGCUGCUGAGGCAGCGUGACUUCCAGGGUGAGCUCGCAGAACACGACUCCGAGGAUGAAGUCGAGCAGCUGGAAGAGGUGAAGUCGCGGCUGGUGGCCCAGAUCCGGGAGAUCAGUGUGGCAGAUCUCUACGCCCUGGCGGAGGGCGAGAAGAAAGACGACAAACCCAAGGCCGAGGGCUCGAAGAAGGACGACAGCUCCAAGGCUCCCAAGGCCAAGGGCGUGAAGAAGGACGACAAAGACAAAGCCAAGGCCAAGGGCGUAAAGAAGGACGACAAAGCCAGGGCAUGA